AUGGCGGGGGAACGGUGGUACGACGGUCUUCAUAAAGGGUACGACAAAGACCAUCGUGCGCGGGACAUUGAGAAUAACGGGGAACUAACACCUAUGCGCAUGAGGGGUUAUAGUGCCCACGACUGGUCGUGCGACGAGCGGUAUGAGCCUUACUUCGAGAGAUUGGGCCUUCUCCCGUUCAUGCUUCAGUUCAAGCGACACGCUCCAUCGAUCAACCAUGCGGCGAUGACCGCACUUAUUGACCGUUGGAGGCCAGAGACACACUCGUUCCACUUGUCAUGUGGAGAGAUGACCGUGACCUUGGAGGACAUGGCGAUGAUCAGUGGCCUUCCAAUCAAUGGAGAAGCUUUGACCGGCAACAGUUGGGGUUCAGGAGCACUAGCAUACUUAUAUCGUCAGCUCGACGAGGCAUGUCGUAGGAAGAAGGGCACAUCUGGUAUGGGUGGCUUUGUUUGGUGCCUUCAGGUUUGGAUGUGGGAGCGGAUGCCCGUUGGACGCCCCGAGAAAAACAAGACACCUCCUGAAGGAUGGGUCGCACAUGACGGGAGGUAUGGAGAACAUCCUUGGCGGUUUCCGACCAUCGCCUACUGUUGGGAGAUGGCGAAUGUGUACACAGGCAGCUCGGUUGCGCGAUACAAAUGCUACAUCAACGAGCUGGAUAUGUUGACUCAUAAGCAGGUCGAUUGGGAACCAUAUGAUGCCGAUUAUGCUUUCCGGCUGAACGAGAUGUGCACACGUGACAGGAAUAUUUGGCGCGCGAGAUGCCCACUGAUAUGCUUCUAUGCUGUCGAGUGGCACUACCCAUACCGUGUCGCAAGACAAUUUGGGAGAAGGCAAGGGACACCAAGGGAUGAGAGUUUCGAGACAAGCCAAUUUCUGCAUCGAAUUAGUCGAAAGAAUAACCCGGAAACUUCGACUUGGGCCAUCAAGCACUCCGAGUGGAUAAGUCUGUGGAAUCAAAGAGUGGCCCUAGUGGAGAAGGAAAGAAGACAACAUAGUGAUUCAGUAUACGAAGAGCACCUGAAGUGGCUUGCGAGACGCUAUCGGUUGAAGCUAAAGCCCGGUUGGAACCGUUCGGAAUUGGAAGAGUUGGAUCGUGAGAGCGGGUAUAUGGACUUCAAUGUACAAACGAGAGACAACGAAGGGACACAACUUGACUAUGCACAACUACACGACCGAGUGGGCAUGGAGUUAUUGCAUUGUGUUAACGAGGCUGGUGUAGCACUUGGUGAAGAUGAGGGAAGUGGAUCAUCUGAGAAAUCUCUUAGGAAAACAAUGAAGAGUUUCGUGAGUCGAUUCCACAAGAUGGCAGCUAUGCUCUCUUGCCAUGGAAGUAAAGCCGUCCUCACGGCUGGAGCUUCUACUAGCCGGGACAAUAGACGUUGUCUUCGUCUUGUCUUGCAACAGGAACAACAAGAGGAGCAACUGCAAGAAGAGCCAGAGCAAGAGGAGGCGCAGCAAGAUGAAGAGGAGUACAAUCAAGACGAAGAGGAGGUGCUAGGGAUGUCCCAAAUGGAUGAUGCGCCUGAGCCAUCACAGCCCACACAACGCACGCCGCGCAGCAAAAGAGGAAGGAAGAAGUGAAUUAGUUAAUACUAGAUUCUCGCGAACUUUGUUAUGUUUGAUUCGUGAACUUUGUUAUGUUUGAUUCGUGAACUUUGCUACCUGGACUUGUGUUUAAUUUGCACUUAUGGAGUGCACUUUGCUACCUUCAUGUUGUUGUGUUGCUAUGAUGGCGUGAACUAUGAUACC